ACACACACACACACACUGUACCACAGAAGAGAAGCAAAACCCCAGUGAAUCGUGGACAUUUUCCCAUUCCCCCCCUGCCCCUCUCCCUCCAUCCAUCCGUGGAUUUGUCCCAAGAAGAAGAUGAUGAUGAGGAGGAGGAUGGUGAUGAUGUGAAUGGGACACGGAGGCACCGCUUGGUUCCCCUUCAUUUUGGAGCGAACCCGCGGAGAUUUGCGCACCGGCGAGCGGGGCCAACGUGUGCGCUCUUCCGGGGGCCGGCACGCGUCGUCUGGGCGGCCUGACGAAGUAGGAUGGAGGCGUUUUUCACCGAGGGGGCCCACGUUUGGGUCAGGGAGAAGGAGCAGCUGGUUCCAGCCACGGUCAACUCCUGCGGAGAUGGCACCCUGGUUCUCACUACUGACUAUGGAGAGGUGCUGUACCUGCAGCAGGCGGAGGUCACCAGGGAACGCGUGCACGCCAUGCACCAGACCAGCGUGGACGGCGUGGAGGACAUGUCGGCGCUGGCUGAGCUGCACGAGGCCGCCAUCAUGUACAACUUGUACCAACGCUACCAGAAGGACAGCAUCUAUACAAACAUCGGCAGCAUCCUGGCGGCAGUCAACCCUUACAAGCAGAUCCCAGGUCUGUACGACCCGGAGCGGGUGGACCUGUACUCCAAGCACCAGCUGGGUGAGCUGCCGCCGCACAUCUUUGCCGUGGCCAACGAAUGCUACCGCUGCAUCUGGAAGCGACACGACAGCCAGUGUGUGCUUAUCAGUGGCGAGUCGGGGGCUGGGAAGACGGAAAGCACCAAGCUAUUGCUGCAGUUUCUGUCGGUGAUGAGCCAAAACGCAGCUGGGAUGCCGCCGUCGGAGAGAAGUACACGCGUGGAGCAGGCCAUUGUACAGAGCAGUCCUAUCAUGGAAGCAUUCGGGAACGCCAAGACCGUUUACAACAACAACUCCAGCCGCUUCGGGAAGUUCAUCCAGCUUCACUUUUCGGAGAGCGGCAACAUCCAGGGAGGCUGCGUCAUUGAUUAUUUACUGGAAAAGAACCGAGUGGUGCGACAGAACCCCGGAGAACGCAACUACCACAUCUUCUACGCGCUGCUGGCAGGAGCCAACAAAGAGCAUAAAAGCCUGUACUUCCUGGAGGAUCCAGCGGAAUCUUUCCACUACCUCAGUCAGUCGGGUUGCCUGAAGGACAAAAGUCUGAAUGACAAAGAGCUGUUUAACAGUGUUAUGGAGGCGCUGAAGGUGCUGGAGUUCUCAGAUGAGGAGAUCCGGGACAUGUUCAAGUUGCUCUCGGGCGUCCUGCAGCUCGGCAAUGUGGAGUUCAUGACGGCGGGAGGAGCUCAGAUCACCACCAAGCAAGUGGUGACAAACGCCAGCGAGCUGCUUGGCCUCGAUGCCUUCCAGCUGUCCGAAGUGCUGACUCAGCGCUCCAUCAUAUUGCGAGGGGAAGAGAUAUGCUCACCGCUCACCAUCGAGCAGGCUGUGGAUUCCCGGGAUUCUGUCGCCAUGGCGCUGUAUUCCCAAUGUUUCUCCUGGAUCAUCCUCAAGAUCAAUCAGAAGAUAAAAGGGAAGGAAAAUUUUAAGUCCAUCGGUAUUCUGGACAUCUUUGGCUUUGAGAACUUUGAGGUGAAUCGCUUUGAGCAGUUCAAUAUCAACUACGCCAAUGAGAAGCUCCAGGAGUACUUCAACAAGCAUAUCUUCUCCCUGGAGCAGCUGGAGUAUAACAGGGAAGGUGUCCAGUGGGAUGCCAUCGACUGGAUGGACAAUGCCGAGUGUCUUGACCUCAUAGAGAAGAAAUUGGGCUUGUUGGCUCUGGUGAAUGAAGAGAGUCGCUUCCCCAAAGGCACAGACUUCACUCUUCUGGAGAAGCUUCACAGCAGACACUCUACCAACCCUUACUACGUGAAACCCAGACUGGCCGACCACCAGUUCGGCAUCAAACAUUACGCCGGGGAGGUCUUGUAUGACGUCAAAGGCGUCCUGGAGAAGAACAGAGACACCUUCAGAGACGACAUCCUCAACAUGCUGAAAGACAGCAGGUUGGACUUCAUCUACGACCUUUUUGAGAAGGUGGGCAGCAGGAACAACGAGGAGAAGAUGGGAACAGCCAGACGCAAGCCCACCGUCAGCUCUCAAUUUAGGGACUCCCUGCAUGCUCUCAUGGCCACUCUGAGUGCAUCCAAUCCUUUCUUCAUCCGCUGCAUUAAGCCCAACAUGGAAAAGAAUCCCAACGUUUUCGACCCUGAGGUGGUCCUGAACCAGCUGAGGUACUCGGGGAUGCUGGAGACCGUCAAGAUCCGUCGUGCCGGGUUCCCUGUCCGAAGAACUUUUAAAGAUUUCUUCUUGCGAUAUAAGAUCAUUUCCAAGGAGAAAGUGUCUACAGCAGGAGAUGAUAAGAAGAGGAGCACAGAUCUUCUGACUAAAUACGACAAGACCAAGAAGGAGUGGCAGCUGGGGAAGACCAAAGUGUUUAUGAAAGAGUCUCUGGAACAACGCUUGGAGAAAGACCGCGACGAAGUGCGACGCCAGGCGGCCAUGAUCAUACGAGCUCACCUUCUCACUUUCUCGGCCAAGAAACACUUCAAGCGAGUGCGUGCCAGCACCGUUACCCUGCAGAAGCACCUGCGCAGGCACAUCCAGCGAGGCCGCUUUCUCCGCCAGCGCAAAGCAGCGCUGGUGCUCCAGAGGCACCGGCGAGGCCAGGUGGCCCGAACCCGCGUCCGCAAUCUCCGGGAGGAGAGAAGGAAGAAGGAGGAGGAAGAGAAAAAAUUGAUAGAGAAGGCAGAGGACGAAGAGGAAGCGGAGGUGGAGACGGGAGGCGAUGCGGAGCAGGAGGGAGCCACCGAGGGGACCAAUAAAUCUUCUCAGGACGAAGUGCGUCAAAUGGAGGAGAUCCUUCAGCUGGAGCGCGAGAUCGAACGUCUGCAGAAGAAGCGCGAGGACGAGGUUUCGCAGCUGUGCGAGUCAUCCAAGCAAGAGCUGCAGUUGCGCCGCGACGCCGAGCUGAAGCGCAUGAAGAAGGAGGCCUCGCGCAAGGCCACGGGCCUCAUCGACCUGCUCAACUUCAGCGGCGUGGAUCCAUCGCUGGGUGAAGCGGCGCAGGGGCCGGUUGACGGCGAGGCCGAACCUCCCAAGGCCGCCCGGGCUGCCACCGUCAUGCAACUGGGCGUGUCCAAGGACGAGGAGGUGGACGAGGGUUUCCACGCUGAGGAGGAGUACAUCCCGCUUCCCGACUUCCCCCCUCCGGCGGAGACUGACACCCCUAUGGAUCAGGCCAUAUUCGCCCACCUCCCUCCGCCGCCGCCGGCCUUCGCCGAGGGCAUGGUGCCCCCCGCCCCUCCCCCACUCCCGCCAGAGGGGCAGAAAGCCGAACCGGAGAGGAAGGUCAGCAUGGCGGACAGCCUUGUGGACGGCGAGGAGCCCAUCUACAGCAUACCCGCCGACACAGAGUCCGACUACGACCAGGAGGAGGAGGAGGGCUCGGUGACGGCCGGCGACGACAGCUCGGUAUCGGGCAGCAACCGGGGCAGCGCCGCAGUUACCGACGAAGAGCACCCGCGCAAGUCCACCUGCACCAGCGUCAGCGCCGAGUCCUACCGGGGAAGCUCCGACUCAUAUGCAGGCAGCGACGACGAGCAUGACGGCAUGAUGGACACCGACGAGGAAGCCACCAACGGACGAAUCACCUUGUUCAAUGGCAACGGGCCGCCGUAUUUCCACGGUUACCUCUACAUGAAAGCCGGCCUGAUGAUCCCGUGGCGAAGGCGCUGGUGUGUGCUAAAGGAUGAGACCUUCAUGUGGUUCCGCUCCAAGCAAGAGUCUCUCAAGUCGGGCUGGCUCUACAAAAAAGGGGGAGGCCUCUCCACCCUCUCACGCAGGUUAAACUGGAAGAUGCGCUGGUUUGUGCUGAGGGACAGCAAGCUGAUGUACUACGACAAUGACAGCGAAGAGAAGCUGAAGGGAACCAUCGACAUCCGGGCUGCAAAAGAGAUCGUCGACAACCACGAGAAGGAGAACGCUCUGAACAUCGUGACGGACGAGAGGACCUAUCAAGUUUUUGCCGAGUCGCCAGAGGACGCCAGCGGUUGGUUUAACGUGCUCAGUAAGGUGCGAGUAUGCACGCCGGAGCAGCUUCUGGAAAUGUCCCACGAGCAGGCCAACCCGAAGAACGCUGUGGGCACGCUUGACGUGGGUCUGAUUGACUCUGUUUGUGCAUCGGACAAUCCUGAUCGGCCCAACUCCUUUGUGAUCAUCACAGCCAACCGUGUGAUCCACUGCAACAGCGACACGCCUGAGGAAAUGCAUCACUGGAUCAGUCUGCUGCAGAAGCCCAAAGGCGACGCCAGGAUCGAAGAGUUCCUCGUUCGAGGUUGGCUCCAAAAGGAGGUAAAGACCAACGCCAAGAGCACUUCGCUGAAGCUCAAGAAGCGCUGGUUUGUCCUCACGCACAACUCGCUGGACUACUACAAAAGCUCAGAACGCAACUCUUCCAAGAUGGGCACGCUGGUGCUGAAUUCGCUCUGCUCCGUCAUCCAGCCGGACGACCGAGUGCACAAGGAGACAGGAUACUGGAACAUCAUUGUUUAUGGCAGGAAACAUUCCUACCGCCUCUACACUAAAAUGCUGAAUGAGGCCAUGAGAUGGACUGCUGCCAUACAAGGCGUCAUUGACAGCAAGACCCCCAUCGAGACACCGACUCUGCAGCUCAUCAGAGACAUCAAGGAGAACAGCGUGAAUCCCGAAAUAGUGGAGCAAAUGUACAGGAGAAACCCCAUCCUCAGAUACACGCAGCAUCCUCUACACUCGCCGCUACUGCCGCUGCCGUAUGGCGAAGUCACCAGCCUUCAAAGGCAGCAGGGCUAUGCUAGCCUGCAGGACGAGGCGGUGCGGGUUUUCAACUCGCUGCAGGAGAUGGAGACACUGGCCGACACGGUGCCCAUCAUCCAGGGCAUCCUGCAGACUUGCCAGGACCUGCGUCCUCUCAGGGAUGAGGUCUACUGUCAGGUGAUCAAGCAGACCAAUCAUGUGCCUCAGCCCAACAGCCCAGCCAAUCGGGCGCACUGGCACCUCCUCACCUGCAUGAGCUGCACUUUCCUCCCCAGUCGCGUUAUCCUCCGAUAUCUACGUUUCCACCUGAAGAGGGUUCGCGAGCGUUACCCCAACACGGAGAUGGAGCGUUACGCCACUUUCAUCGGGGAAUCCUUGAAGAAGACCAAGACUCGCGAGUUUGUGCCCUCCCAGGAGGAGAUCGCCGCCUUGCUUGUGAGGCAGGAGAUGAGCACCACUGUUUACUGCCACGGGGGAGGAUCCUGCAAGAUCUCCAUCAACUCGCACACCACUGCUGGAGAGGUUGUGGAGAAGUUGAUCCGAGGCUUGGCCAUGGAGGACAGCAAGAACCUCUUCUCUCUUUUUGAGCACAAUUCUGUGACCGAUCGAGCUUUGGAGAGCAGGGUCAUUGUGGCAGAUGUUCUCGCAAAGUUUGAAAGGCUUGCUGGCAGUGAAGAAGAGGAGGAGGAAGGAGAAUGGAAGCUGUAUUUCAAACUCUACUGCUUCUUGGAUGUAGAGAGCAUGCACAAAGAAGGAGUAGAGUUUGCCUUCAUGUUUGAGCAGGCCCACGAGUCUCUAAUCAGCGGACACUUCCCGGCGUCCGAGGAGACUUUGCAGUACCUGGCCUCGUUACGUCUGCAGUAUCUCCACGGUGACGGGGCGGGGAGGGCCGGCUGGAGUCUGGGGACCGUCUACCCCAUCGGACGUCUCCGGAGCCGUAUCAUACACUCCACCAAGCCGGGCGUGGGCUCAGCGAGCGCUGCGGUGGGAGGAGGGACGGCGGACGGUAAGGCGGCAGCGGGAGGAACGGGCGGCGUUGGCGGUGCAGUUGAGAAACGCAAAACGCCGAGCUUCCUGGAUGGCACGCUGAGGAGGAGCUUCAAGACGGGCUCGCUGAAGAAACAAAAGGUGGAAGAGGAGCAGAUGCUGGAGAUGUGGGUGAAGGAGGAGACGUCGGCCACGCGCACCAGCGUGCUGGAGAAGUGGACGCGGCUGCAGGGCAUGGCGCAGCACCAGGCCAUGCUCAAGUACAUGAGCAUCAUCAAGGAGUGGCCCGGUUACGGAUCUACUCUCUUCGACGUGGAGUGUAAGGAAGGUGGUUUCCCUCACGAUCUGUGGCUGAGCGUGAGCGCGGAUAACGUCUCGGUGUACAAGCGAGGCGAACCCAAACCGUUGGAGACGUUCCAGUACGAGCACAUCACUUUCUUCGGUGCCUCACAGCGCUGCACCUACAAGAUCAUCGUGGACGAGAGGGAGAUGUUCUUUGAGACGCCGCUGGUUGGCGAGAUCACCAAGAUCAUGAAGGCUUACAUUAAUAUGAUGGUGAAAAAACGCUGCAGCAUCAUGUCCGUCACCAGCGUUGCCAGCUCGUGGGUCAGGUGAUCGCCGUUGGCCAAUCAGAGGACAGAGGCAGUCUCACCGGUACCUGCCAAGCGAGGAAAUUGGACGUUGAAGUCACAGGGGUCAAUCGAACUGGGUUGAAUACAUGGUGGGAUUUUUUUAGUAUUUUUUUUUUCAAGCAUGACACAUGAAGUUGGAUUUUGGAGGACAGUCCUUUCACAUAAAUUACAUUACCCCAGUUGUAGCCCUUGCAUGUAGAUGUUCAAGGCCACUUCACAUGGUCAGAUUUCCUUCUCUGUGGGCCUCAAGCACAAAGCACCCAUGAGCUGUCCUGUCCUACUUUGAAUAAUGACUCCCGGGGGGCUCCAUCCGAGGACCUCGCGAGCCUUUCUCUGAGAAUGGGGUGGGGCCUACCUUAAAAAUAUUCAGCGACGGUCUCCCACACAAGACCUUUGGAGGUCUGUCUCCUUGAACCCGGUCUGAGAGCUUACGUCCAGAGGUGGGCGCAACAAUAAAUUUAGCCGGUCUGUGAUUCAUUAGCCAGCGGCAGACAUCAUCGCCAUGAUUUUGCGCCGAGCCAAACUCUAAUCACCAGUCCUUCAUCGAUAUUUUUACUGCACUUCCAUCAUCGCAACAUUUUAGUUCGUCACCGCUAUUUUAGGACGUCAGUAAAUUUCAUCCGUCCGUCAGUUAUCAGGCUGUCAGUCUGUCAGAAAAACUAACAAACGAGGCCCAGGGUAUGGCUCCCUUUUAGGACUCCACUACCCCAGGACCAAGUUUGUGUCCCUCUUGGACAUGCGGGGGCAAAGCGGGGGGGGGGGGGGGGGGGUGGUGGCAUCUCACCCCCAGAAAUUCCCAGCACCAUGGAGGGGUACUUCCUAGUACCCGGGUGGCGGUAAGCCCCUGUGUUGCACUGCCAGACAUUCUGCUUCAAGCUCUUUCUCUACUCGUGCAUUUGUCCUCACUCUUAUUAAGUUACAGUGUUGAAUUCUUGCUUGCUUUUGUCACUCUGUGUCUUUUUUUUAAUGUGACAUCACUUCUAUCACUCCUAUCCUUGAAGGGUGGGGGGCGGGUUGGGUCUCUUCUUUUUGGACAAGGGAGUAAAAAAGAAGACAUUCACUCACCGGUGCCACCGUGUGGCCAUCAGAAGAAACUACAGCCAAAAACAAAACUCCUUGGAGUGGUUCUGACCAAUUUCAAGGAAGACCACCAAUGUGAUAUAACGCAUUUCACUCACAUGGCGCGUCCUUUGACUGUAUAAUCAAACACAAAGUGAACCGAGUUGUAUUGUUUUUGUACUGUAUAAUUACACGUAAUAAGAGCUAUUGAAUUUUCAGCGGUCAUAGCACUGCACGAUCUAUAGAGGAUCUACGCUAAAGGCGGUGUGACACCUCAAGUGUAAGAUACGAGCAAUUUAAAGAGUGUCAUUCACUGGCAGUGCCAUUAAUGUGACUCACGUUUGGAUGACUUUAUCAUUGUUUUUAUUUUUCUUAUUGCUAUUAGUUCUGCACACGCUUGUCGGGUCAUGUUGACUGUUAUUUUUCUUUUUAGCAAAAAAAAAAAAAAAAUGGCAUACAGUAAGUGCACCAAACUAUCCGUACGUGUUUCCAUGUGACUUUGCUUUCUGAUACUGCUAUUAUUAUUGUCCAACAACCUCUCAGCUAAAAGUGUCGUGCGUGGAAUGCUGCUGUGUGUGCGUGCGUGUAUCACAUUGUAAUCCAAACAGCGUUAUACUGAAAAAGAGAAGAAGUGUAUUUAAAUGAGCUGUAUUUAUAAUGACUAAGCAAACGAUGGUGUUGUGAUAGUGUGUUAAAGGGAAUUUAAAAAAAGCAUGGGGACUUUUUAUGGGAGGGAGGGAUGAGGUUAUGUAUUUAGUAACAUACUGUGUUGAUGGAGGAGGACUGUUGUGUAUUUAAAAACAAAUGCUGAUUCAAAUGGUGCAUUCCAUAUUUCCUCAAAUUGUGGCAUCAGCAAAUAUAUUGUUUUUGUCAUCCACCUAAAACAAACAAAUGUCUCCCUCAGUGGGUAGUUACUGCAGCUCAUUGAUGCUAUUUUUCACGCACAAGAGUUAAAGACUUAACUAUGCUCGAAUUCUACUGUGUUGCUAAGCAAAACGGCAGCAACCAACAGUGAGUGUAGCGUCUACCAAUCUUGCCGGAGACACCGGGCCUUAACGCGCGUCAGUAAACUGGUGUGUACCCAUUCUGCAAUGUUCUUGUUUUGGGGAGCUAUUCGCUUCCUCCCAUCUGCAGUUGAGUAAACUAACUCCCUCUUUGGCCACAAUUUGGGGAAAUAUGUAAAAUUGUAAAGACGCAGACAUUUUUGCAGAACACGAGUGCUGCUAUGUAUGAAUGGUUAGACUGACAGUGAUGUCAUUGCAUCAUGUGACACGGGUCGAGGCUAUUUCUGCCGUCUUAUCUGCAGAUUGGCUCUAACUUUAACCUGAGAACUAAUGAGGUCAAAACCACCAAUUUGUCAGAGAAUAUUGAUUUUUUUUUUUUUUUUUAAUAGAUCACCCACAGUGGAUCCAUGCUAUAUAUUUUUAAUAGGAUUUAGGUCUGGGUCCGGAGUGGAGUAUUUCUCCCCUAGAAUCCACCAGGACCUUGUAGGACCAGGACCCUCAAGUGGGGUAUCCUAUCCUUAGACCGAUGGGGGUAUUUCCUCCAGGACCCAGGGGGGAUGUCUCUGAGGAAUUGCGGUGGGGGGGUGGGGCGACUCGGAACGGGUACUAGAACCCAUCUGCUCCCCCAGCAAUUCUGCUAGAACACUAGGAGGAGCCAUCCCAGGUCCUAAGUCCUUCAAGACCCGGAGGGUUCUGUCCCAGGAUGCCUCACCCAGGAGCUGGGGGUGAUACAGCCAAGGCAUCAUUCGGGCUACCCCAAAAAUUUUCAUUUUGGUAUUCCAAAAAAUUGAGCACCUCUUAAAAAGACAUCAGACAUAUGAUCAGGAACCGUUUGUAUCCACUGUAGAUGACCUUUCAGAACCUCAAUGUGUUUAGUGAUCGCGAUGGCCCACGAUGUAUUGCAAACUUAUAAAAGAAUGUUUCCAUCCAGUUUGAGUUUCAGGCAAUAAAUGAGCGCAAACCUGAAGAA